UGAAACGGAUUAUUUCAUUGGUUGAUUAAAAUACGAAGCUGACCUGGGUCACAGUAUCGUCUAAUCAAACGGCGUCUUACAACCGGAGCCGAUUGUGUAUCAUGGCUUCAAAAAAAAAAAUUAACGGAAGAGUAAUAAAAAAGAACUGAAUUUUCGCUAUACUUGAUUGGUUUUGGAACAAUUUCCAGCAGUAAGUUGUUUCUUUGAAUUUGUUCUAUCGAUUUAUUGCGGGUUGGUACAAUGACAUGGUUUAAAAUUGUGUUUUUACUCGUAGAAAAUCGCGUAGGGACAGGUUACGCGAUCGUGUCCGACCUAGCAAAAAUACGAUAUUCUAUCCGAAAUAUCGGUUUGUUGUUCAAAAACGGUAUAAGCUAGGGGACAUUUAUGUUAUUGUCAACGUCUAGUGAUGUCAUUUAGCUGCAAUUUGAUAUAUGGCUUUAUAUGAUUUACGUAAAAAUGACUUUGCAAUUUUGACUUAUACUGGACUAGUGACAUUCGGCCGAUUUGGCGAGUUCAACCCCUUGUCUAUAUAUUAUAUAUACAGUAUAUUUUUUUUCUAGAAUUACUUUUUUUACACUAUCCAAACACUGUGCUGGGUCCCUGUGAAUUAAAUUAUACAAAAGGAUAUAUAUGCAUCCCAGAUGAAAGAUCUAAUGCUAGGCCCCGACGAACACCAGUUGUAUUUAAACUUCGUUUUAAUUAUUAAAUUGACAAUGAAGUGUAAUAUUUCUAAAAAUUCUAAUGUAGCGCCCCGAUGAACACCAUCCCAGACAAAGAUGCUCUGGAUACAUGUCGCGAGAACCAAUACACUUUUCUGCAGAGAUAUAUUUUGUGGAAACUAAGCUAUCUAUGGGAUGAAAUAUCAUAAUUUGAAAUUAUAAGUUAAGCGCACAAAUACGAAUUCAGCUGGUGCUAGAAGGCGUGAAUGGUGCUGCACUUUUUAGAACUUUUCAUGAACAGACCCAAUAAAACCGGGUCUUCUAUUAUAUUGGUUGCUUUCUUUGCUUGCAAAGGAACUCCCUUUCAAAUUUGCUGCUGUUGAAGUCUAAUAUGUCAUAACAUUAAGACAAGUCUACGUUCCCGUGAGGUGUUUGACAUUACUGGGAUAGAUAGACAGACAGGAAUUAGUGGUGCGUAACCUAAACGGAGGGGAAACCACUCUAGUCAGCUGAACUCAGUAACGAUGUUUUUCAUUGGGUAAUAUUUGACCGUCAGCCAAUCAAAAUGCCGAUAAGAAAAUCGAUCUUAGCAAAUCCGCGCUAACAUUUGACAGCAUGGCGGACAAGGCAAAACAAUUUGCAGUCGUUCGUUGGUUAAAUGACAAUAAUCUUUUGUCAGUUCACUGUCAGAAGCAUUUCCUUGAACCUAAGAAAGACAUUUAUGUCCAAGGAGACGAGGGUUUUGCCUGCUACCCCGGACAUUCUGGAAAAUGGCAUUUCAGGAUUCUUGCAGUUGGUGGAAAAAAGGAAAUGAAUGCAUGGUUAGAUGAGAACUUCAACACCCUUCAAGUAGAUGUGUCUGACAAGGACAUUCUUACUUCUGCUGCCAGUCAUAAAGAUAUAGUAGAAAGCAAGUCAUCGUCAAAUUCAAAGCAGCUUGCAGAGAAAAUGCUGGAAAGCAAGUCCUCGCCGAAUUCAAAGCAGCUUGCAGAGAAGUUGCUGGAAAGCAAGUCCUCACCGAAUUCAAAGCAGCUUGCAGAGAAGUUGCUGGAAAGCAAGUCCUCACCGAAUUCAAAGCAGCUUGCAGAGAAGUUGCUGGAAAGCAAGUCCUCACCGAAUUCAAAGCAGCUUGCAGAGAAGUGUCUGGCUAAAACAGACACCAAUACUCUGUUAAAAACUGACAAUGACCUUUGUAAAGUUGAUAGCGGCAGUCUUGAAGAUCAAGAAGAAAGCAGUAGAAACACCAAAUUGCGAGGGCCAACUCCAGAUGAUUUUCACAAAGAAUGUGUUUCAAUGAAAGAGUUCAAGGAUUUAAAAGACGAGGUCAGGCGUCUCAAGAGGAGAAUAAAAACGCUUGAAGAUGAACCAGUUGACAAGUCAAGUCGCAAGUCACCAUCAUCUGACAAGUCAAGCUACAAGACACCAUCAUCUGACAAGUCAAGCUACAAUUCAUCAUCUGACAAGUUAGGCUGCAUGUCAUCGUCAUCUGAGACUUCCACAGUUGAAACACCCAGCAACCAAUCCCUGGAUGCAGACACCUUUUAUAAUAAACACUCAAAAUCUGAACUGCAAGAUGCCAUUGCCCAUACAGAUCAAGUUUACUCAGCAGUAAAGACUCUCAUGCUCAUGUUGUUUUCUGAAGCUUACAUUUCUUCCCAUUCCAUUUCUGGAAAAGCGGCAAACACUAAAUUCAAGGCAAAACCGCCCUUUGACACCAGACUUUACAAUAUCAUGAUCAGUCUUGUAAAGGAAAAGUACCCUGCUGUGGCAACAAAAGAAAUAACGGAAAAAGUGCAUUCAGUCCAAAAAUGGUGUCAGAAACACAAUUAAAGUAAAACAUGUGAACUAUGAAACAAAUUGUUAGAACUUUUUUAACUUUAGUUCAGUAUACUUAGUACCCAAGGAUAUGGAGAAAAUGUCAUUAGUCGUUAUUAAUUUGCAUUUUUAGCUAGACCAGUUAAAGAAUAGUCUGAGUUUAUGUACUCACCCAGGCAUUCAGUCACACUUCUUAACAUUAAUUGUUUGCCUACAAGUACUUAUCUUUAAAAGUACUUAAGCUAUUAACCUGGCUAACAUCUCCAGGGUUUCAUAAAACCAUAUCCCGUAACUUGCAUUUUGACAGAAUUAUGUCCUUUUCUGGACAAGAAAAUCAACAUUAAAUCAAUUUAAAACUUCAUACACAUGUUUUUGGUGAAAAUGAAUGCUAAAAUGACUCCAGUUUCAUUAUUCUUUUUUGUAUUGUGACAGAUUUAUAGACCUUUCCUGGUUUUCAAAAACUGUUAUAUAACUUUUAUUGAAAGCAGGGCAAAACCCCAAUCACUCUUCUUUGAAUAGAUGAGCUUUGUUUUACUGACAAUUAUUCUUUUCAUAAUUAUUGUGUAUUUUAUACAAGCUAGUCAAAUUGUACAUGCUCAUUCUAGACCAUUUUGUUUGUUCAUGUAAGGUGCCAA